AACUAACAAUGAAGUUCCGACUUUGGGGCUCGUGCUGAACAGCCCCGCGCGUCGUGGUAGCAAUUGUGCGAAAUGGCUGGAGCUUGGGUCCGAUGUUGGCGUACGGACGCGUUUCACGAGGAUGGAUUUCUCUAGUGGGACGGUUGCUGGAAAGGUUUUUUGGGUUGCUUAUGAUUGGAUUUUGUGGAUGAAGCUGUUUUUUUGUCUCUUUUGAGCCAAUGUGGAAUACACAUGAGCCAACCUGUUAGUUACAUGGUUCAAACAUCGUUGGUUCUUCACCCGCGGUGUCUCUGAAAGAUAUGCUUCUCCAGGGGUCUCGAACCACAAUUGUUGUUUACACUGAGUUUUUAAUAUUCUAAUUUUAAUUUGGGAAAGGAGGGAAGAGAUGAGUAGCAAAGAACGAGCAAAGGAGAGAAGAGAGAAGAGAUUACAGGAAAUAUCGCUUCUCAGGACCAUUCCCUAUUCCGAUCAGCAGAGGUGGUGGUCCUCAGAAACCAUCAUAGUUGUAACUGGUGGUAAUAGAGGAAUUGGAUUUGAGAUUUCAAGGCAGCUUGCGGUGAGUGGAUUAACAGUUAUACUGACAGCAAGAGACAGUAAUGCUGGCCUUGAAGCAACCAGGGUUCUACAAGAAGGUGGUCUUAAUGUGCUCUUCCAUCAACUGGAUGUCUUGGAUCCUUUAUCUGUCAAACACCUUUCUGAGUGGCUACUUCAAAAUUAUGGUGGUCUAGAUAUUCUGGUAAACAAUGCUGGUGUUAAUUUCAAUCUCGGGUGUGAUAAUUCCGUUGAAUAUGCCCAGAAGGUUGUUGAAACCAAUUAUCUUGGUACCAAAAAUAUGAUUCAAGCUAUGAUCCCAUUAAUGAAGCCUUCUACUUCCGGUGCUCGAAUUAUUAAUGUGAGCUCACGGUUAGGCAGACUAAAUGGCAGAAGGAAUAGACUUGAAGAUGUAAAUCUCAGACAACAACUAGGCGAUUUGGACUCGCUCUCAAUUGACCUGAUUGAUAAGACUGUAUCCACUUUUUUACAACAAGUAGAAGACGGCACUUGGACAUCAGCUGGCUGGCCUCGAACUUUUACUGACUACUCGGUGUCAAAACUUGCAGUUAAUGCUUACACCAGGCUAAUGGCAAAGUUACUUUCUGAUCAAGGUCACAGAAUUUAUAUUAACUGCUAUUGUCCGGGCUGGGUGAAGACCGCCAUGACAGGUUAUGCUGGUAACAUUUCAGCUGAGGAAGGAGCUGAUACUGGAGUGUGGCUUGCCUUGUUUCCUGACCAGUCGAUAACAGGGAAAUUUUUUGCAGAGAGACGUGAGAUAAACUUCUAAAGCAGUUAUGCCAAUUCUAGAGUUUGAGAAUGGGUUGUUUUUUUCCUCGUUGAGCUAGUAAAAACCCAAAACAGCCGCAGAGUUUGAACUGUUGUAGAUUAUGUUUCUUGCACUAAAUUACACUGCAGGAUUGCUUUCGGAUUUUAUCGGUGAAUGAGAGCCAGGAACUGUAACCGUAAUGAAAAUGGCCCUAAACGUUUUACAA